GUAGCACGCUCAGAGCUUAAAACCACCAUGGGCGAUUCUCUUCCACCAGCCAAGCAACGCAGGACCUAUACAAGCCUGUCAUAACCAUCCUGCGCGCUAUGGCUGCUGCACACACACGAGCAGCAGGCGAUCGAAGGAGGAUCUCCCCUCAUCAGCGCAGCAGCUAUGAGCAACCGCAUUCCAUGGGAACGGUUCUUCCUGCUCUCGCACGUCCUGUGCGUGCUCAUCUCCAACAUCCACCACGCCUCGCACGGCUGCUCCGUGGAGGAGAGAGCGGCGCUGAUGGAGAUCCGCUCCUCCCUGGUGCGUGCAGGCACCGCGGUGCCAGAUUCGUGGGGGCGCGGCGGCGACUGCUGCUCGUGGGAGCGCGUCAACUGCAGCGGCAGCGGCGGCACACGGAGAGUGUCUCAUCUCGACCUCUCGAAUCUAUAUUAUGGCGGGCAUUAUUGGAGCUUCAACAUGACAGUGUUCUCUGCAUUCUCUGAACUUCAAUUCCUGGAUUUGUCGAGCAAUCAUCCCAGCUCGCUAGGUUCCGACGGGUUAGUAGUGCUGCUGAACCUCACAAAGCUUCAGCAACUCAACCUCAGUGGCAACUACUGGCUGGAAGAUAGUAGUAUCCUUGCACCUAUUGGGGAAUUGGUUUCACUUCAAGUCUUAGAUCUCAACUUUAAUCAAAUGAGGAAUCUUCCUGUUGCAGCUUUUGGAAACCUCACGAACAUGCGCGAACUGUUUUUGAGCCAUAAUGAGUUCGACGGAAGCCUCCCAAAGACUUUGCUUGUGCUUCCUCACCUUAAAAUCCUAGAUCUGUCGGGGAAUUCAUUCGAUGGAGGUAUUCCAAUUAGUUUGUCUUCAGUUGAAGAACCGGCUUCACUGGAAGUGUUAAAUCUCAACUACAACCUGAUGAGCGGAGAUCUUCCAACCGAGCAAGAAUUUCGCUACCUCAGAAACAUACGGGAACUGCGUUUGAGUUUCAAUCAAUUCAGUGGGAACCUUUCGGCAUUCUUGUUUUCUCUUCCUCACUUUAAAAUCCUAGAUCUCUCAUGGAAUUCAUUAGUAGAAGGUAUUCCAAUUAGUCCGUCUUCAGAUGAAGAGCCGGCUUCAGUGGAAGUGUUAAAUCUCAGCAACAACAAAAUGAGCGGAGCUCUUCCAACGGAGCAAGAAUUUCGAUACCUCAGAAACAUACGGGAACUGGAUUUGAGUUUAAAUCAAUUCAGUGGGAACCUUUCGGCAUUCUUGUUUUCACUUCCACAUAUUGAGCAGUUGGAUCUCUCAGGAAACCUGUUUGAAGGACCUAUCCCUAUAAGCCUCUCUUCAAAUCUUUCUUUGUCUCUCAAGAGUCUUCGCUUUUCUCAGAAUAAUUUGAGUGGCAAACUAUCAUUCUAUUGGCUGCGUAACCUCACAAAACUCGAAGAGAUUGACCUGUCUGAGAACACUAAUUUAGUUGUUCAUGUGAAUAUCCCUGGAUGGGUACCUCCAUUCCAACUGAAACGGCUAGCACUCUCUGGUUGUGAUCUUGACAGAGCCAUUAUCAAAGAACCACACUUUCUACGCACACAGCUUCAUUUGGAGGAGCUUGAUUUGUCCAACAAUAACUUGUCAGGAAGCAUGCCAAACUGGCUGUUUAGAAAGGAAGCAACUCUGGUUGACCUAAGCCUUGGCAAUAACUCGUUAAGUGGAUCCCUAGAUCCAACAGGGCACCCCCAAACUGCUCUGCAAUCUAUGAUCAUAUCUAACAACCAUAUAACAGGGCAGUUACCCGUGGGCUUUGGCUCAAUGUUUCCAUGCUUGUCCACUCUUGCUUUUUCUGACAAUAACUUCUAUGGACAAAUACCAAUGUCAUUGUGCCACAUCAACCGCAUGCGACUUCUGGACCUGUCGAACAACCAUUUUUCUGGUGAACUGCCAGCUUGUGUGUUCACUGAUUUUCCGGACAUGCAGAUCUUCAGUAUCUCAAACAACCAGCUUGAAGGAACGCUGCCUCGUCUUUUAUCAGGAAGCUUGGUAAUCAUGAGUUUGUAUGAUAACAAGCUGUUUGGUAAUCAGGAAGCUUGGUAAUCAUGAGUUCCAAAUUAAUUUAGAUGGCAUUUCUUAGUUUUGAUGAUAAGAAACUUGACAAAAAUUGAAGUAGAUAUUUUAAUUAUUGAAGUAAAGCCUCUUUCUUAAUUGAUUUAGAUGGCCCUUAAAGUGUGAUAUUUGUUACGAAACUUGAUAAACUGAAAAUCUAUGUGUUGAGAUGAUAAUUUUACUAAAUUCAGAUUCUUGGAUGUUUUCUUGUGUGCAUAGAUGAAUCGAGGUUGGAUGUACGGUACAAAGGCUGGAAAUUUGGAUUUUGUCAAUGGUGUGGACUCGUUUGUGCAGACUGCGAAGGCACACAAGAAUCUACAAGAUGAUGGCUACGUGUAUUGCUCAUGCAUUGAUUGCUAAAAUCAGAAGCAGUUUGGCAAUGUUGAGCAGAUCCGCUUUCAUCUGUUAUUUAGAGGUUUUAUGCCCAACUACCAAGUUUGGAACAAGCACGGUGAGGUUGGUGAGACAAUGCACUCCGUCCAUGAGGACAGGCAUGAAACAGUGGAGGAAACAACUAACCCGGAAAUAGUAGAGGAAACCGGACAUGAAAGCGUAAAUGAAACCAUGCAGGAAACAUUAGUUGCUGAUGAUGUUGUGGAUGCACUAGACCAGAUGAUACGUGAUGGGGAACCGGACUUUCUUGACGAAAAGAAUCUGAAGAAGUUGGAGCAGAUGAGGAUAGAUGCAAGAACACCACUUUACCCAAGUUGCAGCGUGUCUAAACUUGAAGCAAACCUGAUGCUAUUGGAGAUGAAGUCUAGUAAUGGUUUGUCAGACAAGGGAUUUGAUGAUUUGUUAAGCUUAUUGCAGAAGUUGCUGCCAAGCCUUAACGGGUUGCCUGAAAACACAUACCAGGCGAAGCAAAUGAUUUGCCCAAUGGGACUGGAGGUACAAAAGAUCCAUGCAUGCCCUAAGGAUUGCAUCUUGUAUCACAGCAAAUAUGAAGACUUGGAUGCAUGUCCAGUGUGCUCAGCUUCACGGUACAAAUGUCCUGAAUCGGCAUUGUCAAUGAAAGGUGACCGCAACAAACGACCACCUGCCAAGGUCGUCUAGUAUUUUCCUAUCAUUCCUCGUUUGAAACGGUUGUUUGCAAACGCGAAGACUGCCAAGCUGAUGAGGUGGCAUGCCGAAGAUCGACUCGUUGAUGGGAAUCUCAGACACCCUGCAGAUGGUUCACAGUGGAGAGCUAUCAACUACAAAUACAAAAAUCGGUUUGCAAAGGAAAUAAGAAACAUAAGAUUCGGUUUGAGUACGGAUGGGAUGUGUCCUUUUAACAUGGUGAGCAGCAAACACAGUACGUGGCCUGUAACUCUUUGCAUAUACAACCUUCCUCCUUGGUUGUGUAUGAAUCGGACCUACAUCAUGAUGCCAUUACUAAUCCAAGGUAUCAAUGUUUAUUUGGAACCACUGGUGGAUGAUCUAAUGAAGUGGUUCCAAAUAAACAUCGAUAUCAUUUCCAGGUUGUUUUGGCCCUUGGCCAUCAUCUUGUAGAUUCUUGUGUGCCUUCGCAGUCUGCACAAACGAGUCCACACCAUUGACAAAAUCCAAA